AUGUUAAUAAUUAUGUGUAAACAGUUCACAUAUUAUUAAAUGAAUCAGUAAACAAUUUAAAAUACCAAUGUUCAAUGGUCAUUAUUUGGACUAAAAUUAGGAAGUGUUAAGAAAGGGCACCUUAAGCUAUACCAGUGCGAAAACAAAGUCAAAAUCUGUGUAAAUCUUAUCACAAGAAUGAUUUCUGUGACGCGAGCAGUCACCGACUCGUGAUCAACAUUCGUUUCGCAAUUUACGUCACCUCCACAGUGAAUGGCUGAUCAAAUAAUCGAAAAUUAAUCACUCAACUUUAUUGACAUCGGAAAAUUGAAAUAGAAAUACUCAAAAGUUAAAAUCCGAAAUCUUGAUGGAAAUGGUCCUUCGAUCCGGGUUCACGACAAAUUUUGGUCCUUUGAGUCACUAUUGAAAUUAGAAUAAUAAGUAACAGAGCACUGAACUUUAAAUUCCGUGCAAAAUAUUAGAUACGAUUGUUCUUAAUAGAGUAGAACCAAAAUAAUUGUACCGUUUACACGUGUCGUUGACUUGUUCAUUUAACAUUGCCAAUAGCGGUAAACCAGGGAUUUAGAUGCCGGCGGAUUGUGUAAAUUAUUUCAAUGUUAUCUCAACAAUCUUUCAAAGAUCUCUUGUAUAACAUUUUGCGAGCAUUCACUUGGUAUUCAUCAUAACGGGACGGAGAAUAAUAAGAUACUUCUUGGUCUUUCAUGAUUUCUAUGUAUCAAGAUCAGGGUUUGCAGAAUUUCAUAAAACGUGUCCUUAUUUCCCGAUAUCCAGAUGUCGUGCAAAAAUUUUCUAAACAAAUAAUUUCGUAGUUUGUUUUUUCCUGUUAAGAGUUUUCUAUUAGCGUAAACCCAAGCCGCCCCCGCAAUUGGACAGAAUUUCUUUCAUACGCACAUCUUUAGGUUCAUGGCUAGUUAUUUACGUAUCGCGUGUCGGACAUUAGAACACGACAUGACCUUUCACGAUCACCACUGACUUUUAAAUACUAAACUUGGUAAGCCGCUUAAUUGUCUGUCAGCUGUCGAACAGUCUAGACUUCUCAUGUAAUUUGUUACACAGCUGUCGAUAACGCACGCCGAUAAGGACCAUGUUAUUGUUUUGAUACGCGCUCGUGUUAGCACUUGACCGCCUCGAUUCCAACUGAUUACUUUCUAACGAAAAAUGUUCAACUACAAAAGUUUCUGCUUAAAUAGUUUCAAUGAGUAAUGAAGGUCAUGAAAUUUACAGCUAAAUAAGUAUUUUGAAAGAAACCUCGUCACCUACUCAAUGUUUACGUGUUCAUUCACACGCGUUGUAUUGUGUGCGUGUGGCGUCGUUGCGCCUGCGCAGAACGCUCGCGACCGAGCCCUCUUUGUUUGUUGACAAGCCGAGUGCUCAACUCAACAAGCUGUGCUAUUCGCGUUCGGACGUCGCGCGCGACAGACGUGCGCCGCGUCGACUCUCACACUUUGUUUAGAGCUAUCGUGUUAUCGCGUAUAUCGGCUAAAUUUAGUGCAGUUAUUUUGAAUAUUUUUUUCCUCUUCUGCGCAAUAAUAUUGUGAAGUGUUGUUCUGUGGAGCUCUGAUCUGUCAGCGUUUACGAGGAAGAUUUUUUCUACAUCUAAAAUUACGCAUUCGCUACUGUGCCAGAAGAGGGUGGCGGGUACAGCGUGCAUGCGCGCGGCGCGGUGCGAGUGCGCGCGCGCCAGGUGACCGGCGGUGCUCCCGGCUGAUGUGGGCGGCCACUGCUUGCUGCUCGCGCCAGGCAGCAGGCACUCAUGCGUGACGGGGUGACUAACCGAGCCGGGGUGGCAGGCGACGGCGGCGGCGGCGCCACGGCCACGCGCACCCCCGUCAAGACCUUCCAGGCGUACCUGCCGCCGGCGCACCGCACCUACAGCUGCAUACACUGCCGCGCGCACUUGGCCAGCCAUGACGAGCUUAUAUCUAAGUCGUUCCAAGGCAGCCAGGGGCGCGCGUACCUAUUCAAUUCAGUUGUGAACGUGGGCUGCGGUCAGGCGGAGGAGCGCGUGCUCCUGACAGGGCUGCACGCGGUCGCCGACAUCUAUUGCGAGUGCUGCAAGACUAUGCUCGGAUGGAAAUAUGAGCACGCGUUUGAGUCGAGUCAGAAAUACAAAGAGGGCAAGUUCAUAAUAGAGCUGGCUCACAUGGUGAAGGAGAACGGGUGGGACUAGACGCGCGACCCCCACCGCGGCCGCGCGCCGCACGCAUACCCCGCCGCGGCCCCGGCCCCGGCC